AUGACCACACUUCAUCAGUACACUGACGAAGUUAAAUGUCGGGUCUUCCUCGCCACCCUCUCUGGAUCAACACAAUGUUGGUUCAAGAGAUUGCUGAACGAAUCAAUCCACAACUUCAAGAACUUCCGGGUGGUAUUUCUUCACCACUUCACCAGCAGCCAUCGUCACCAGAAGUCGAGCGUGGAUUUGUUCUCGCUGAAGCAAGGGCCCAAAGAAGCAUUGAGAGUCUACAUCCAACACUUCAAUCAGGUAGCCAUGAACAUCCCAGCGGUCUCCUCAGAUGUGUUGGUGAACACCUUCACCCAAGGGCCCACCGAGGGGGAAUUCUUUCGAUCGCUCAUUCGAAAGCCGCCAAGGGACUUCAACCGCCUACAAAAGAAGGUCACCAAAUACAUCAACAUAGAAGAAGCCUAG